GAUUUGCGCAGUAGGGGAUGAGACUGGAUGCAGCAUGGAAUAAAAAUAAAGCAGACGAUAUGUCAGUACCUCUCAAAAUGGCGCUACCAAGGGUGCUGUGUCGUGCUCGUCUUCUGUUAAACAACGACUUUUCUGUGGUUUCGAAAUAUUCUUCAGUAGUGAAUAGUGUUUCAAUAAAUAAGUGCGUGCAAAUUCGAACUGUUAAACAAUUCAGGACACAUUUUUCUUCCGAUAAAGUGUUACAUUCAAAGAAAAAGGACGACAAGGAUUCAGAUAACAGUAUUUCUUUGUCUUCUUCUUCCUCAGAUAGCGAUAGUGAUUCGGAUUUAGAAGAUGACGUGACAGUGGUGUAUUAUAAGGGUCUUCCCCAAGUAACGGUACCUCUUCCCAGUAGGAGAGAACGAUGUAGAUUCACGCUGAAACCAAUCACGAAUACCGUAGGAGAAUUUUUAGAAAUGUUGAAGAAAGAAGACAAAGGAAUAGACAGGGUGGUGUGUAUGGCGAAGGACGGUACGAGAAUAGCGUCUUCCAAUACGAUAGAGACUCUACUAGAUGAUGAUUUUAAAUUGAUCAUCAACGAUAAUUCCUAUAAUGUAAAUACCCCGAAACAGGAAAGGGUGACAGGGGAGGAAAUACAAAGACUUAACGACGUGAAAAAUUUAGUUAGCCAAUUGUAUGAAGCCAUGCACAUACAGGAACAUCAAAUCACCAAAGAAAAAGAACUGACUACGCAACUUGAAAUGAUCGAACAGGAACUGUUGCCUCUAGAACAGAAAAAAAAUGAACUUGAACUAGUCGCUCAACGUCGAGGAAAUUGGUUGUCUUGGGCGGGAUUGGGUCUGAUGUCGGUCCAAUUCGGAAUUCUCGCCAGGUUAACAUGGUGGGAAUAUUCCUGGGACAUUAUGGAACCGGUGACGUACUUCGUCACUUACGGCACAGCUAUGGCAUGCUACGCAUAUUUUGUUCUCACCAAGGAGGAAUACAUUCUUCAAGAUGUCAGAGACCGCCAACAUCUCAUUAUCAUGCACAAAAAAGCCAAGAAACUCGGCAUGGACUUGAACCAGUACAACAUGCUCAGGCAGGAAGCUGUCCAAAUCCAGAGCAAACUAAAAAAACUGCGCAACCCUCUAAAAUUGAAAUUACCUCCGAAUGUCUUAGCACGACAAAUGAAUCCUUUAAUGAAUGCAGUACCUGGAACUACAAGUCAAACAACCACAGUAGAUCCCAAAGAGGCCAGCGAAGUACUGAAAGGAUCUGCAUGUGCAACUGCUGCGCCAAAGGAUUCCCUUACAACUGCCGAAACAUCAAAGGAAUCAUUAACAAAAGAAUCAUCAACAGAGAAGUCAUCAACAAAGGAAUCAUCAACUAUUUCUGAAACAACCACCAAAGAGCCCAAGAAAUGAUUGAGAACUUCUACAAGUAAAGAGUUUGUUUUUACCAUCUUUAAAUUAUUAUGUAUUUAUUUAUGGAUGAAUUUUAAGAAUUUCUUAAGGAAAUAACCAUCGCUGUUUCUGGCGAUGUCGUGAAAGCUCAAAUAUAGAUUAAUAAUUAUACAAAUAGUGUUUGUACGACGCCAAGUUAUGCUUUUUUGUUCAUCUUUUUAUAUGAAAAAGUUAAACGAAAAUUUGGGGAGUAGUCUGAGUAUGAGAAAUUUUUGUGAAAAACUUUUCGCCCUUUGAAAAUAUAUACAUUUUCCUAUCAUUAAAUGUUUCGGUCUUGACAAUUUCAGUAGUGAAUUGCUGGAUAUAAAUUUAUUUGUGAUUUUUGCUAGACCUGAAAUUCUUUCGUAGUUGUAAUAUUUUCCUGCCUAUCCGAAAACUUUUUCUUGUCUUCCAUUUCAACCGCCAGAAAUGGUAUAUUUUUUUCAUCAACCAGAAUGCAAAUUCAAUUUUACUGCUGGUAUAAUUGAUUAUAUUAGUUAGUUUGAUUUCCACUUCAAAAGUACCAGUCUAAAUGAAUUUUCUGAUGUAAUAUAGAGUAAGAAUUCUAGAAACAUUUGUACUAAAUCCGUCCUGUUUCAAAUUACCUCUAACAGAAUGAAUUUCAAAAACCAUUUUCUAAUUUUUUUUUAAUGUGAAAUUUUUCAGAUUUAAAUCAUCUUGGUUAUAUCUUUUAAAGAUUUUCCUGAUAUUUUCAAAGUAGAUUCCACACGUAUACUAUAUUGGCAUACAAGAUUCUCUUAAAUUGAAAGAAUUUGUCUGAUAUUUGAUAAUACAACUUUCAGAAUCAUUGAAAAAUGUAUUUUAUCCUUACUCAUCUAAUUUGAAAACUUCACACAACUCUGUUGAAGUUUAUCAAUUUUUAUCGGUGAAUAUUAUUGGUGCUUUAGAUCGUAGAAUAUCCUUUGCUCCUUUUACAAAGCUUUAAUGAUAUACUGCAAAUACGCACCUGUAAAAAUGAGCACAUAUUGCUGUGAUUUUAUUGUGAGAUAAAAACAAUCAAUGCAUGUUUUCCUUAUGAGCUUAAAGGUUUUCCUAAUUGACACAGAUAAUCUUGAAUACUAACAAAAUCGCUGCUUAGUCAAAGAUUUUGUAAAUAUUGUUACAAGUGCUGUUUUUUCACUACCGAAACCAAAACAAUAUGAUCAGUAAAUGAAUGUAAACUAAUGGUGUGAAUUAAAUUUGGACCAAAUAAAGCGUGUUUCCUUUUAUUAGAUUCAAUAUUUCAAUUUUUACAAGUUGCUUUUUGGUGAGGAAAAUGCAGCACCCAGUAAAUUAGUUAUAGAAUAAACUUCUCUACACUUAUAUUUCUAGUGCCAAGCAAGUUAUGCAAUUUUUAUAGAAUAUAUUAUGGCUCUAUGAAUUUUAUAACUCUAAAUAUAAUACCUACCUAAAAUAUAUACAAAUUUUUAAAAAUCACUGAAAGUUUUGAACUAACAUUUGUUAUAUUUUCGGUUAUGCAAUGAAUCUGAAAUUUGAAGAUUGAUUCAUUUCAUGACUGUUGUUGAAUGUGUUAUGAAUCUAAUUUUUAUUGUGGUGAGUUCAUUUGAAUUUUUUAUGGAAAUCAAGUGUUAGUUUUCACAUUUGUUGUAGGAAUGUUAAGUUUGACAAGUUUAUAGUAAAUUUUAAGUUGUGAUUUAUCUUUGCCAAAAAAGAACUGAAAUUGAUCAUAUGAUCUUGAAAUAAAAUCGAUUCGAGAAAACAUAUUAUGUUGUAUGUAAUUUAUUUAUUUGGAGUUUAGUUUAAAUUGUCGUUUGAAGAGUUACGAGGGGUGUUUAUAAAUUUCUGAGAAUUUGGCUAUUUUUUUUUGAUUCUGUCAACUCUUUUCUUCAUCCUCAUUUUCAUGGAAUAUCAUCUAAUAUCAUAUCUGAUUCUGUAGCUUAGUCCACUUACUCUUACCCAACUCUCUCUGUAACUUUCAAAACAUCAAUUAUCAUAAUACUGCAAUGAAUCACAUGCACAAAAAUUUUCAAAAAAAAAGACAUCCCGAUCAUUAAAUAUUUCAAAAGACGAGAACGUUGAGCCCACCUGUCUAGAUUUUUUCAAAGUUUACUUGCUCCAUUAUCUUUCAUGUUUCAGAUCUAUCAAGUAUUUUUUUUCUAUAUCUGCAAUUGACGAACAAGAUUCCUCAAAAGUAUCACUUUUUCAUUCUGUUAAUCUGCAAAAAAUUACCAAAUAGUUUUCUAAUAUUUUCCGCAGGUGGUAAAAAAUGCAUAUUGUGAUGAUGAACCAAUUCAUAUCUCCUUUAAAAUUGUUCAUCCCCUCUGAUAUCAAUGCAAUUUGGAUCAAUUUUCUUGUAACAUUUACAGUUUUACAGAAAAUAUCCCCAAUAGUUUUUCAAAUAUUUGCAUAGUAGGGUUCCCCCAAUAUAUAUAGUACUAUAUUCUCUUCGGUCAGAGGAAAAAAAAAGUUUUAUCGUUACUUGUCUAAAUUCAAAAAUGUUCACAACUCCAUUGUAGUUUAUAAAUUUAUUAAAAUGAACAACACCGGUUUUUAGAUUGUGGAUCACCUUUCAUUGCUUUCACAAAGCUUCAAUAAUAUAAUGCAAAUAGGCCAAAUCAAUUAAUAUAACAAUAAAUGCUUGUUUUCUCAAAGAGCAUGAAGAUUUUUCUAAUUGAUAUAUGUAAUUUUGUUUCAGUCAGUUUACGUACGCUUAUCUAUUUAUGUAACUAGUUUUUAAAGCCAUCUUCAACAUUUUCUUGGAAUCUCUACAUUCCAUCUAUUUUUGAUAUAUUUUACACUAUUAAGCUCCCAAAUCGAACCCAUAUUGUUUUUUUAUGUUUCGGAAAAUAGGAGCCAGAUCUGGUAAGUCGUGUGGAUAUUCAAUUUUUUUUCAUUUGCAGUAUGAGGUCUCUUAUAUUACUCUGUUAUAGUAACGCAAGUUCGAGCAACUUUUCAGGUCAUCCUUAGAAAUUACUUGUGAGGCAGAUCUGGUUAAGAUCUAAACAAUACUCUGCUUCACUUCUAGUACCUCUCAGAUAAUCUCUUCACAUUCCCAGAUGGCAACCACCAAUACCUUUCCAGUGGAUGACAUUGCACAUGCUUCAAGGGGAGGUCCUUCUUCGACUUUUACGCAAUUCUUUGGAUUGAAGUAAGGUAUCCUUAUUUUAUCCAUUACCAAAAUUGAUCGACAUAAUGCGUCAAAAUCUCAAGUUGGUGGCAUGUGUAACACCUUUGAAUUCCUGUUUACUUUGCACCCAAAAUUUGUGCAAAAUUUUGUGAAUCUAUGUUGUACCUAUUUCUUCAGACUACACUAAUUUCACGAAUAUUAUAUAUUUGUUGAUAAUUUUUGAGAACAAUAUCUUGCAGUGAUGUUUAUUCACAGAGACACUCAGACACUAGUAUCUGGAUCAUUUUCUAAUGAUAUUUUACCAGCUUCAAAAGAUUGACCUCUAAAGAGACAGUGAUUUUAGAUUUUUCUUCUGGUUAAAACAUUUCUGAAGAUUCCAAUUCUUUAAAUAUUGUCAAAAUGAUUGAGAUUCAAUAACAUCUUUUAUAAAGGAUGUAUUGCUGAGAAACAAUGAAAGUCCCUAAUAUUGCAUGGAAUAGCUAUGCAAAUUUGGAAAACCUCAUCUCUCACAUAUAGAGUGGCUAAUAAUUUUUACUUGGUUGAAAUAGAGUUAAAUUCAUGAAACUUUGGAAACUUCCCUCGCAUUUCUAUAAAUAUUUUUGUUAUUCAAUCAUGCCUUGUAACACAAAGUUUUCCAAUAUCACUUUGAAUGAAAUUCAAAGGAAUAUUUUGAGUGAUUAUCAUGAUUGGAUCAAGAAAUUGUAAUUGAGUUUUCAGUAAUGAAGUUCUGCCUGAAUAUCUGACCUGAGCAUAAGGCUGUUGAUUGAAUGAAGAUUAGUUUAAUGAAAUUAUUUGAUGAACUAUGGUUAAGUAUUUUUCACAAUAUCUGAUUUGUUGGUAUGUUCAAUGUGUUUGUGUUCUGUUCAAAAAUGAUUCUCAUUGUGACUUGAUUGUGUAUAUCGUUUGUAAAUAAAUAUUGCAUAUUCCUAUAUUGUAAUAUAUAUAUUUGUUGCUCUUA